UUUAUGUUGAAAUUAAUAAUAAAAUGUUAGGUUUAAAUAGAACAUUCCAGAGCAAAAUACGGUCAAAUUUGGUGAAAAGAAGAUUCUCCACCAAACCAUAUGUGACCAAGAAUGCAGCAAGGUUCGUUAAGGAUGGCAAAAGAGUCCAAGCUGGGCUCUGGCUCAUUGGAACCAGCUUUUGCACGUUUGGGUUCAUUGUUAGAGGCGGCUACAUGAGGAAUAUAAGGUUUGGAACCAAUACAAUCCAGUGGAAAGGCGAAGGACCUACUCCUAAGAGUGAUCAAGAAUGGGAAGAGAAGUUCGAAGAGUUUAAAAUUUAUCCAGAAUAUACAGCUAGAGGGAGACCUAUGACUCUUGAGGAAUUCAAACAAACUUGGUUUGUAAAUAAAUCAGCUAUGAUUCUUGCACCAGGAGCCUUCCUUUUGCAUGUUCUUCCUAUGGGUUAUUUCUUAUUCAGAGGAUACUUUAAAAGACCAAUGAUACAGUUCUGUGCCAUUUAUACAGGAUUUGUAGCAACUACUGGACUACAAGGGUAUUACAUGGACAAUCACAGACCAGGAACUAUUGAAGGAGAGCCUAUUCCAGCAAAAGAUAGACAUCAAAGAGCUAUCCAUUAUGCAUUAAUAGGUACUUAUUUUGGAUAUGGACUAUGGAUGGCUUUAAAUCUCUUCAGAAAAUCACCAGAUCAGACAAAGUCACUAGAAAGAUUCUUCGCCUUAGGUUCCUUAAGAAGACAUCUAGCCAUUACAACCCAUUUCUUCUUUACACUAGUCUUAUUAACAGGUUACUUGACUGCAGGAACAGGAAGUGGAAGGAGUAUCACUACUUAUCCCAAAGUUGGAAACAAAUGGCUCCCUGCUGUUGAUGAUCUUGAUGAAGAUACUUAUUUUCUUGAAAAUCUUUUGAACAAUAACAAACUUAUUCAAUUCAACCACAGGACUUUAGGCAUGUUGAUGACAGGAGCUACAGGUAUUCAGUGGAUUUUCUUAAUGAAAUCAAAGCUUGGAUUAAUGGGUAAACUUGGCUUCACAACUCUCUUUAUCCUUCUGCUCGGUCAAUUACACAUUGGGGGAUCUAUGGUGACUAAAGGGAUGCAGCCAGAAUAUACAAUGAUACAUGCUGCAAACGGAUACCUAAUUUUUGCCACUCUUCUCUAUCUAAUGCAUCUCUGUAGGAAGCCUAAUCCUACUGUUUUGAGAAAAGUAGCAGCUGAACUUAAGAAAUCAAACCCCAAGAAGUAUAAAACUAUUGCAAAAAGAUAUCCAAAGCAGAUGGCUCAAAUCCUUAAUUAACUUCAAUUUUAGUAUUAAUAAUUAGUACUCUUCGAAGUCUUGACUGACCUUGGUCGAAGCACUAUAUUUACCAAGAAGAUUUAGGCUCAAUUAAAAUAGAAAGAUUUAGGUGUAUGAAAGAUCUUAACCCCGUGGAAAUUACCUCUCCAUAUCGAAGGGUGUUUAAAUUAUAACAAUGUGCU